GGGUGCUGCAAGAUCCUCACUGCUGUAGUUAUAUUCUCCCUUUCAAAGCGGACGUAGAACACAUUGAGCUCGUCUGGUAGUGCAGCAAUGCUGUCAUCCAUGAUGUUGGGUUUCGCUUGAUAGGAAGUAAAGUCAUGCAAACCCUGCUAGAGUUGACGUGCAUCUGAAGUCGCCUCCAGCUUUGCUUGGAAUUGUUUAUAGACUCUUGAAAUAGCCCUCCAUAAGUCAUACCUGGUUUUUUUUUUUGGACAGGCCUGGGUCACCAGACUUAAACGCCACAGAACUACAAACUUGUCGGUCCAUCCACAACUUUUGGUUUGGGAAUGUAAAGCAAGUUUUCGUAGGCACACACUCACCCACAGAGGUUUUAACAAAGUUGGUAACAACUGCAGCUUAUUCAUCCAGAUUCAAAGAUGAAUCCCUGAAUACAGUCCAGUCCACCGAUUCAAAGCAGUCCUGUGCUUCCCCUGUCCAUGCCUUCUUGGUGUUCACUACUGGUGCUGCAGUCGUCAGUCUCUGCCUAUACUCAGGGUGCAGAAGUACAGUCAGGAGAUCAGACUUCCCCAAAUGAGCGCGAAGAAUGAUAGUGCAACAGUGGUCCAGUAUGUUGCUUCCUCUGAUUACAGUUCUAUUUGCUGGGCAGCACAUAUCUAAAAGUCCUUUUGAAGUCAACAUUGAUAAGGCCCAUGGUGAUGCCGAUAAGGUAACAGCACGAGGACCUGGCUUGGAAUCUUCAGGAAAUUUUGCCAAUAAGCCCACUUACUUUGACAUUUACACAGCAGGUGCUGGAGUUGGCAAUGUUGAGGUGGUAAUUGUGGAUCCCCAAGGUCAUAACAUCAAUGUGACAAUUGAAGAUAAGGGGAAUAAUACCAACCGGUGCAGCUACAGGCCCUCACACCCAGGGCAUCAUACAAUCCGAAUAGUAUUUGCUGAUUCACCUAUACCUAAGAAUCCAUAUUUUGUCAAUAUCAGCGAAGCCAUCCACGAAGACAGAGGAGUGCCCCCAAAGAAUGAAUGACAGUUAAAUGUUGCAACCCCAAAGAACCCCCCCAGCUCCCCUCCCA